CCUUCCGCUUCCGCUUCCGCCAUGUUUUUGCGCCGGGUCCGGCUUGGGCUUACCCCGUGAGGAAAUGGCCGGGGAGCUUCAGGAAACCCAGGCGCGGUGCUUGCUGCGGCGCAGCCUGGGCUGACGACUCAGGGUGGCGGGUUGAACCCCAGCGGUUCUGCGCAGGCUAGGGGAGGCCAUGGCGUCCAGCAGUAACUGGCUGUCUGGGGUGAAUGUCGUGCUGGUGAUGGCCUACGGGAGCCUGGUGUUUGUACUGCUGUUUAUUUUUGUGAAGAGGCAAAUCAUGCGCUUUGCAAUGAAAUCUAGAAGGGGACCUCACGUCCCUGUGGGACACAAUGCCCCCAAGGACUUGAAGGAGGAGAUUGAUAUUCGACUGUCCAGAGUUCAGGAUAUCAAGUAUGAGCCCCAGCUCCUUGCAGAUGAUGACGCAAGACUGCUACAGCUGGAGACCCAGGGGAACCAGAGUUGCUACAACUAUCUGUAUAGAAUGAAAGCUCUGGACGCCAUCCGUGCCUCUGAGAUCCCAUUUCGCACUGAAGGUCGGCAUCCCCGUUCCUUAAUGGGCAAGAAUUUCCGCUCCUACCUGCUUGAUCUGCGAAACACUAGCACUCCUUUCAAGGGUGUGCGCAAAGCCCUCAUCGAUACCCUGCUGGACGGCUACGAGACGGCACGCUACGGAACAGGGGUCUUUGGCCAGAAUGAGUACCUGCGCUAUCAGGAGGCCCUGAGUGAGCUGGCCACCGUGGUGAAGGCACGAAUGGGAAGCUCUCAGAGGCAACACCAAUCCGCAGCCAAGGACCUCACCCAAUCCCCCGAAGUCUCCCCAACAACCAUCCAGGUGACGUACCUCCCCUCGAGUCAGAAGAGCAAACGUGCCAAGCACUUCCUCGAAUUGAAGAGCUUUAAGGACAACUAUAACACCCUGGAAAGCACUCUGUGAUGGAGCCGGAGGACUCUUGCUGUAGACUGAGCCAGAUGCAGUGUGCAAGAUGGGCUACUCCCCGGGCCGCCCCCGGGGGUGUGGCUGAGCAGGCUGGGACAGAUCAGCCGACAUUCACGGGCGUCAGGAGGUCAUCUCCAGCCCUUUGUCACAGGCAUUUUCAGAUCAUCAACUCACUUUAUUUUCCUUAGUAGCACUUUUUCUGGAUUUGAAUUCAGAUGUC